AUUAAAUGGUAAAUCUCACACUUAUUUUUGUGGUUAUUCAAUAACGAUGAAACAUUUGGGAUCUAUUUUCACCACCGAGAAAACUUGGAAAACAGAGAUAAACAAGGAGAACAACUUAUUGUUUAUCACUAUUAUUUCUUUAUGCACACCACAUUUCUCUAUUGUUUUUUAAUCUUCGUAGUUAAUUAUUAUUAUUAUUGUUGUGAAGCUGAGGUUGAUAACCUUUUAUCAAUUGCUCACGGCUUAGAUGCUCAAUAUGUAUUUGGAGACUCCACGGUUGAUUGUGGAUCUGGCACUGAAUCCAUUGCACCCCCUUAUGGCGUUGACUCUGAUGGAUUCAGCGGUAGAUACACAAAUGGUCGUACAGUUGCAGAUGAAAUUGCUAUGUUCCUUAACUUAACAUCGACUCUUCCAUAUUGGGUUGUUGAUUUCAAACAAUAUGCAUUCAAUCCAGCGGGAUAUGGUUAUGCAUCUGGGCCUGCUGGCAUUCUUCCUACAACAGGAUCUAAUAGUAAUUAUACUAUCAGUAUGACAAGGCAAAUUGAAUUGUUUGGUCACGCCGUUAAAGAACACUUGCCACACCGCUUUGGCAACUCUACACAUAGAAUCUCUCAACACUUGGCAAACUCUAUAUUUGCAAUUUCUAUUGGUGCUCGUGACUUUUUGGACAAUUUUGUUUAUGGUGCUGCAAGCAAACACAAUCACGAAGCUUCACAAUCCAUUAGAGACGAAUUCAGCAAUCUUCUCAUGACACAACUCCGCACCUACAUUCAAGAUCUAUACGAAUUAGGAGCAAGGUAUAUGAUUGUGUUUGAAAUUGGUCCCGUUGGAUGUUACCCAGUGGUGCGUCAAAAACUUGGUGAAAGUGAAGAAUGUUCUGAGGAAUUAAAUAGCAUGAUUGCUGUAUUCAAUGGCAAGCUUUACUAUGAGCUUGUGGCAUUGGCAUCCAAGCUUCCGGGGACAAGAUUCAUUAUUGCCAAAACUUUUAGGGUUAUUUAUGAUAUGGCCGAAAACCCUUUCAAAUAUGAUCUGACAAAUGCAAGAGAUCCCUGUUGUGAAGUAAAUGAGACCGGAAUAUAUUGUGUUUCAUUUGCUGAACCAUGCCCAAGGAGGGAUCAAUAUCUGUUUUGGGAUGACAUACAUCUCGUUGGCAAAGCUAAUAAGUUAAUUGCAUCAAAGUGUGUGACAGAUUCAAGCGUUUGCUUACCUAUUACCUUUGAGGAUCUUGAUGGACAACUAACAAUGAUCGUGUUAUCAGGACAACCAGAAAAAAAUUAUUUGAAUAAUGUUUUGUGUCUUUUUUUAUUAUUUGUUCAUUUAAUACUAGUCACAAAUUUACUUUAUUUUCCUUAUUAAUGCUAGAGAGACAAAAAAAAACAGCCAAAAUUUGUUUUAUUUAACAUUCGUUAAUUGUCGUAACAAUUAAUGAAUGCUAAACAAAACAAGUUAUGACUGUUUUUGGUUGAUUUUCUUUGGUUACCAAAUAUUUCGACUGUGUCAAUAUUCAAACCUUGUCCUCCAAACUUCUUUAGGUCAUAUUUUAUGGAUUUUAUAAUAGUAAAUGUUA